GUCAUUCGUACUAUCAUCAAUCAACAUGCCAAGUGGUGGCCUGCCAGCCAUUCUUCGCGCGGCAAAGCCGUUCUUCCUCAUCGCGGGCCCAUGCGUCCUGGAGUCGGAGGCAGUGGUGAUGCAGAUUGCCAACAGACUGAAGGACAUACGCGACGACCUCGGCAUUCCCGUUGUCUUUAAAGCCAGCUUCGACAAAGCAAACCGACAAGACCUCGCGAGCUAUCGGGGACCGGGUCUCGAAGAAGGACUGAUGCUCUUGCAGCAUGUCAAAGCAACGACAGGAUUGCCGCUGUUGACCGAUGUCCACGAGACGUACCAAGUUGCUUCCGUCGCGAAAGUGGUUGACAUUGUCCAGAUUCCUGCAUAUCUCUGUCGACAGACAGACUUGCUGGUAGCCGCCGCGCAAACAGGCAAACUGGUCAACAUCAAAAAAGGCCAAAUGACGUCUGCAGACACCAUGCUUCUCGCGGCCAAAAAAGUGACGGCUACCACUGGACACUCUGAUGUGAUUCUCACGGACAGAGGCACAAUGUUUGGAUAUGGAGACCUCGUCGCGGACCCGCGCAACAUUCCGCGGCUGCGGCGCCAUGGCGGGCUCGUCGUACAAGACGUCACGCACAGCGUACAACGCACAGGCGGGGAUAGCACCAGCAGCGGUGGCGACCGCGAAUUCAUACCGACCAUUGCACGCAUGGCGGCUGCAGUUGGCGUCGAUGGGCUCUUCAUCGAGACGCACCCUGAGCCUGCUCGAGGCCUGAGCGACGCCACGACCAUGUUGCCUCUGCACGAGCUGCAGCCGCUGCUGGAAGAGCUGAUGGGCAUUGCAUUGGCAUCCAAAGCCAAGCAAGGACGAUAGGAGAACCCAUACAUAUAUAUACAUACACAGGCCAUUCAUUUCAA